AUGAAUACUCUGCGACAUCUGAGGCCAGUCGCCUCGCGCCUUCAACCUGCAACUCUGCCCCGACUUGUCCGCUCAUUUUCUGCUGAGCCGACUCGAUCAUAUGAGUACAUUCAAACUUCGGAGCCCAAGCCGGGCGUCGGUCAGGUGACCCUGAACCGACCAAAGGCCCUGAACGCCCUCUGCACGCCUUUGAUCGUCGAGCUGAACCAAGCUCUUCACGAUUUCAAUGCUUCGGACAGCGUUUCCGUCAUCAUCCUGACAGGCUCGCAAAAGGCCUUCGCGGCCGGUGCCGACAUCAAAGAAAUGGCACCACUGACCUUCUCGGAAGCCUACACAACGUCCUUUAUCGAGUCGUGGUCCAGCCUCACAACGCAGGUCAAGAAGCCCAUCAUCGCGGCUGUGUCGGGCCACGCCCUCGGCGGCGGCUGUGAGCUCUCCAUGAUGUGCGACAUCCUCUACUGCACCGAGGCGGCCAACUUUGGCCAGCCCGAGGUCAAGCUGGGAAUCAUUCCCGGCGCUGGUGGCAGCCAGCGUUUGACCAGAGCCAUUGGCAAGAGCAAGGCCAUGGAGCUCAUCCUUACGGGCAAGUCUUUCUCCGGGGUGGACGCAGAGAAGUGGGGGCUUGCGGCUAAGGCGUUCGGGAGCUAUGAGGAGCUCAUGGAGGAGACGCUGAAGACGGCGGAGACUAUUGCCGGGUACUCGCGCGUGGCGGUGCAGGGCUGCAAGGAGGUGGUGAAUAAGAGCCAGGAUUUGCCGCUGCGGGACGGUGUCGAGUUUGAGAGAAGGGUCUUCCACAGUCUGUUUGGGAGCCAGGACCAGAAGAUUGGGAUGAAGGCAUUUGCCGAGAAAAAGAAAGCCGAGUGGACUCAUCAAUAG